AUGUCGCCAAUGUGCGACAGGCGUGCCCUGGCCAGCAGCGCCUUUGGGGCCUAUUGCGGCAAGAUGGACCUUUUCGGACCGUCCAUUGGCUGCGAUCUGUUGAAUCUCAUUCGGGCUGAAGUUCUUGGAGGAAAAGAUGCUCUUAUUUCCGACAAGGUACCCGGUGCGCUUGUUGGCCGACCAGGAUACUCUCCCCCUAAUGUGAUAAAGCAGCAGCAGUGCUACUUGCUCGAUCAGACUGAGUCUAGUUUACAUCGAAGCUAUGCGUGGUUAGACAGGAUUCUCGGCGCAAUAGCACCACGGCUUGCGACAGCAGUGCGCAUUGCGAAAUGA